UGGAGCUUCAGAAUAUUAGUUAUUUUUUUAACUUAAAAGACACAAACGGAGACUACUUGGAUGCAAAAAUCGAGUUAGAGGAUUGCAAGAAGAGUUGCUUGAAAAACUGUUCAUGCAAAGCCGCUUUGUUUGCAUAUGAUGGGGGCUCUAAUUAUGAUGGGAGCUAUUACUAUAAUCGUUGCUUAUUACUAUCUGAAGUCUAUUCUCUUCAAAAUAAUGAUGCAGGGGAUGAUAGCAUUUCUCUAUUUCUUAAAGUGCAGAAUUCUCUGACUGCGCAGUAUCCUUUACCAACAAAUUCUCCUCAAAAGAAAUCAAGGAAUGUCAAAAUCACUCUUGGAUCCAGCCUCGGAGCUCUCUUUGGUGUAUUUUUUGUGGUUGCCUCUUGCAUUUUCCAUUUUAGAAAGAAAGGAGAAUCCGAAGAAUUUGAUGAGUUCUCUGUUGAUCAAGUACCAGGGAUGCCUAGUAGAUUCUCAUAUGAAGACCUGAGAGCCAUGACGAGCAAUUUCAAUAAUAAGCUCGGGGAAGGAGGAUUUGGGUCAGUGUUUCAAGGGACAUUAAGUGAUGGCACCGAAAUAGCAGUGAAGCGUCUCAAUGGUUUUGGUCAAGUUAAGAAGUCAUUCUUAGCUGAAGUUGAGACAAUAGGCAGCAUUCACCAUAUCAAUUUGGUGAGAUUAAUAGGAUUUUGCGCUGAAAAAUCAUACAGGCUUCUAGUUUAUGAGUACAUGUCUAAUGGAUCCUUGGAUAAAUGGAUCUUCCAAAGGCACCAAGAGCUCACACUUGGGUGGCAAUCCAGAAGAAAGAUCAUCAUGGAGAUAGCUAAGGGUCUAUCCUAUCUCCAUGAGGAAUGCAGGCAGAAAAUAUUUCAUUUGGAUAUCAAACCCCAAAACAUCCUCUUAGAUGAAUACUUCAAUGCAAAAAUAUCUGAUUUCGGAUUGUCAAAACUAAUUGAUAAGGACCAAAGCCAAGUUGUAACAACUUUGAGGGGAACACCAGGCUAUUUGGCUCCUGAAUGGUUGAGCUCAAUUAUCACUGAGAAAGUAGAUGUCUACAGCUUUGGUGUUGUGGUCUUGGAAAUGUUGUGUGGGCAAAAAAAUUUGGAUAGGUCUCAACCUGAGGAAGAUAUGCAUUUACUAAGUCUAUUUAAAAGGAAAGCCGAGGAGGAACGACUGAUCGAUAUCGUUGAUAAAGGCAAUGAUGAAAUGCAGUUACAUAGUACAGAAGUUGUGGAGAUGAUAUCUAAUUUAGGCCGUAAUCAUGACAGUGCCAUCUUUAGACGGACAUACUAG